AUGCCAUUAAAUGUUAAUGAAAAUCCUUUGCAUAGCAUUUCUUUACAUACCACAUUACAAUCAGAUUCUACACCAACAUCCUUUCCACCAUGGCAACCAUCUCGGGCUCUAAGCCAUCUUAAUAAUUGUUUUCAGAAAGAAAUUUUGUAUAUGUUCCCAUGUGUUCCCUGUUCACAUUGUUCUAUCCUUAUGUUACCAAAUCAAGCCAUGUGGGUAGAAUUCAAUAUUAAUGAAAGUUAUGAUCUUCUUAGAGCUUUUCCACUUCUGUCUCUUACUAAACAUCCUAGUAAAAUGAAUCAUGUUGCUGUUUAUGCAUCAUGUAAAACUACUGCAAAGCAUCGUUCUGCUCCAACAGUAGCUCCAAUCCCAGAUGAACUAAAUAAUGUUCCAAUGUAUCAUCGUUGGUGGCUUUCUCCGAUUCAUUUAAGUUGUUCUUUAGGACGUGCAGAAAGUUCAAAUCAAUUUACACAUUAUCGUCAUCUUACUGGAGAUUUUGGUUUAUCAAGGAAUAUUCGUGCUUUAUAUUUAUAUUUUGCCUUUCUUGACAAAUCAAUAUCAGCAUUAAUUGAAAACAAUAUUAUUCGUGCAGAUUUACCUGAUCCUGUAUCUGAACCAAUUCUUUAUAACCUGGUAUAUACUCAUCAAAUUCAUCAAUGUUGUCCGGAUAAAUGUAAUGGGCCACCACUUCCUGGUGAACAAUGUAACAAAAAGUUCCCAGCUCCAUUAUCACAUUAUACAUACCUCAAUCCUUCUUCUUUACGAUAUACUUAUCGUCGAACAAAAGAAGAAGAUCGUUGGGUAGUUCCAAAUCAUGCUCCAACAUUACUACUAUGGCAAGGACAUUGUAAUUUUCAAUAUGUUAGUUCAAAAUCUUUUGCAAAAUAUAUGACUAAAUAUAUCACAAAACCAGAGCAACCUGGCUUAUUUGAACUAAGAGAACAUAAUGCUUACCGAUCUCAUAUCUUAGCUCAAAGACUUGGUUCUAUGGAGCUUAUAAUUCUUUUACUUGGAUAUAAAAUUUGCUGUUCUUCUAUUGCUGUUCAAUACCUACCAUCCUCUCCCCCUAAUAUGAGAGCAAAAUCUAUAAAACCAAUUUAUUUGUUAGAAAAUAAUGAAUCAAAUCCUUACUGGAAUGAUGCUAUUAAUAAAUAUUUUUCAAGUGAAUCUUAUUUCUAUCAACAGUUAUUAACUUUGAUGCCUUGGAGAAAUGAACAAGAACUACUUGGACAAUAUCCAAAUUAUCGAGCUUAUUAUCAAGCAAAAUUUCCUGAACAAUAUGCAAGAGAAAUACAAUAUGUCCAUCAAUCUUCAAGAACUCAAUUUCUCAGAUUCUCCUAUAAUUAUCGUCGAAUAAUAGAUCAUAUUGUAAAUGACAUGCCUCAAAAUAUUACACUAAUAAUACGCAAACAACUAGAAUCAUUAAUAAGAUAUACUUCUUCAGUUCCUCGUAAUUCUUUAUUAGAAACACCAACUGAUCAAUAUACUGUUUUCAAUAUAUUAACUUCUGCUUGGGAAAAAAUAAAAAAUCUCUCAUUAUGUUCUCCAACAGAUACCACUCAUAUUGUUGGAUUUCGAGCUAUGGCAGAUGAGAUAAAUAAAUUAGCGUGUUUAUCUUUUCCUUCAAUUUCACAAGAAUUUGAACCUAUUAUCUCAACAGCAAUCGAUCAUAUUAACGGUGAAGAGUAUGAUCCAACAGAAAACAAUCGUGUUUUUCGUCACCAAACAAACUUACCUCCUACCUUAAUUUUACAACAAGAUGUUGCAUUUCCAACAACACAAACAAUUAUCUCUGCUACUAUAAAAAAAACUACAAAACACUUCCAUAUAAACGGCACACCUGCUAGUCGACACCAAUUCCCCCUUCAAAAUGCUUUUGCACUUACAGUGCAUAAAACACAAGCUGAUGACCAAAUGUUUGCAUAUGGUCAAUCUUAUGUAGCAUUUAGUAGAGCUCCAUCAUGGGACUCAUUAAACAUCUUAUCAUUUGAACUAAAUGCUAUCAGAACUGAUCCAGCUGUAACCAUCGAAUAUCAAUGA